ACCAACGGCUGCUGCGUCACUGGAGGUCCCAGGCUGCUUCCCCUCUUCACGUGCUCUUUUGCUGGAUGUCACAGAUGUGCGUGUGUGAGGCACCAAAAUAUGGCGCUAUCAUUUUCAGCCAAUGGGCUGGCCGUUUGUAACAGGUCGCAGCUGGCGUCACUACCGUGGCGGGAGCGCGCGUGGAAGACGGCAAAGAGGUUGAGAAGGCAUCGGGACCGCGCUCAUCUGUUUGGCUCGGCGGAUGCCUCCGGUGUAACAGGCCGAUCAUUAUGGGGGACCGAGGACCCCGGGACGGGAUGGACCAUGACCGAGCGACCGCUGCGGAGAGCUCCACGAGGCGGUUUAUUCCGGGAUAAGAAUAUUUAGUGUGUCCGAUCACAGAGAGCCGGGGAGCGAGCUGCAGAGGAGGCGGCGCUCGCCGGGAUUCAAUCAGAGCCAGAGUUGCGGCUGGUGGGUUAAAGAGGAGAAGAGGACGUGAGCGAACUCGGAAGACAGCAGUUUACAAUCUAACCGGAUCCAGCUCGGAAUUGCGGGGAGGGGGGUGAUGGAUGAAUUGUCGAUUACAAGCCGGUCCGGUCAGCCCAACCCUGUCGGAGCAGGGUGGGUUCAUCCGGAGUGAAAUCACUCGCCUCUCAUCUGUUGGCUUCUCCUCCGCCGGGCGGCGAUGUCCGCUUUCUGCCUCGACCUGCAGACGUCUGCCGUGGGUUCAGCACCACUGGAGCUGGACAGCGACUGCAUGGAGCCCCGGGCCAGCCCUGCCGCUCAGGAGCCCGGCGGCGUGCAGGGUCACCCGCUGCGGCACACCGGCUCCGGAGGCCUCGGCAUGGCCUUGGAGGAGGAACUGGCCAUGCUUACCGGGGACCGGGGCGACGAGGACCAGCUGUCGGACCUAGAGACGCCUGCGGUGGGGCACAACGCAGACUUGCUGUCGCUCUUCCGUCAAAAGGAGAAAGACUUGGUUUUAGCUGCUAAACUCGGUAAAGCGCUGCUGGAGAGAAACCAAGACUUGACCAAGCAAUAUGAGAAAAUGCACAAAGAUCUCAACGAGAAAUUAGAGCACUUGGAGCAGGAGAAGCACGAGUUGCGACGGCGUCUGGAGAGUCGAGAGGGGGAAUGGGAGGGCCGCGUGGCCGAGCUGGAGACGGACGUCCAGCAGCUGCAGGGCGAGCUGGAGCGCCACCAGGUCCAGCUGAGAGAGGCCGACAGAGACAAGACCAAGGCCAUCAGCGAGCUCUCCGAACAGAACCAUAGACUGCUGGAGCAACUCAGUAGGGCUGCAGAGGUGGAGAGGCAGCUGUCCACUCAGGUCCAUUCAUUACGGGACGAUUUCAGGGAGAAGAGUAUGUCUACAAGCCAGCACAUGACACGACUAGAGACUCUACAGGCUGAGCAAGGGCUAGAAAUUAAGAUGCUGUCGGAGAGGAAGAUGGAGCUAGAGCGGCGGGUGCACGCCAUGCUGGAGGAGAACGAGCUGCUGCAGAAUACAGUGGACGACCUCAGAGAGAGGACGCUGGUGUUGGAGAGGCAGAGUCAAGAGAAGGACCUACAGUUACGGCAGAACCAGCUGGAGCUCCACGAGGUCCAGAUGUCCCACAGGCAGCUGAGCGCCCAGCUGGAGGAGCUGUCGGAGGAGCACAGCCUCCACAGCCUCACCCCGCACCCCUCCAGCCUGCUGUGUGAGAUAGAGCAGAGCAUGGAGCAGGAGGAGCAGGAGCAGGAGAGAGAGCAGCUGCGUCUCCAGCUAUGGGAGGCCUACUGUGAGGUUCGCUCGCUCUGCUCCCAUCUCCGGGGAAACGACGUCACGGACUCAGCGCUGUCCACCGACUCUUCCAUGGACGAGUCCUCGGAGACGUCAUCAGCCAAGGAUGUGCCUACCGGGAGCCUCCACACCAGCCUGCUCGAGCUACGGAGGCUAACACAGAAUCUGCUGGACGGCAACGAGUCCACGGGCUCGAGGCGCAGCGAUGAGGAGGCUCUGGAGGAGCAGGUGAGGAAGCUGGGAGAGGAGCUGAGGGAAGUCAGAGAGCUGUACGAGACCGAGCAGGACAAAACACGCAGCAAUGACGACGAGGUGCUGCACCUGCACAACCAGAUGGCGCUGCUCUCGGUGGAGAUGUGCUCUCUCCGGGAGGAGAACGAGCGGAUGAAGACGAUGGCCGAAAUCCGAGAACCCAGCGAGCAGCUCCAGAGUGCUAUCAGAGACAGAGACGACGCCAUAGCCAAGAAGAAAGCGGUGGAGAUGGAGCUGGCCAAGUGUAAAAUCGACAUCAUGUCUCUGAAUAGUCAGCUCCUGGACGCCAUCCAGCAGAAGCUCAACCUGUCACAGCAGCUGGAGGCCUGGCAGGAUGAUAUGCACAGAGUGAUUGACCAGCAGCUGAUGGACAAGUACCAGGACGAGUGGCGCUCGGCCCCUUCCUCCCUGUCGGGGUCGUCGAGGGCCCACGGCGGUCAGGCCUCCAGACGAGCUCAGCGCAUCUCCGACCGGGACAAGAGACUUUUCUCUUUUUUCAAAAAGAGCUGAGCCCCAUUGGACUGAGCACAGCAGACAGACAGAGACAGACGAGGCGAGGGAGAUCACAGUACAGGGGUAACAACACAGCCAAAGACGGGUAGUGGCACACACUGAGGUUUGGGGGGGUCAUUUUUGCACUUUAUCUGUCCCAUUACUCUUCUCCGCGCUGAUUAAUUGGUGACAAUGAAAGAUAGAAAUAUAAGAAUAGGACUUCCCCAGAGGCUUUGGCUUCAGCCCUUCUUGUAGAAAGCUAUCGGUCUUACAGAUCAUGAACAGGGUCACAAAGUUUACCUCCAAAGAGGAAGGUUUCCUUGUAGUGCCUACGACCAUCUCUUCUAGCCCACUGCCAACUCUGUAGAGAGGGAACACUAUGUACAAACUGUUACUGUAUGCAUCCCAGUUAUCAGGCCAAGGAGUCUGGGGAAAGACAGGUGGAUGUAUGGGACACGGCAGGAAUGUGGGAGAAGAUGAGGAUAGCGGGACCGAGCGGUGAGACGUAUAUCAGAAGGACGCCGCUCGCCCGGGGUGCAGAGCAGCGCCGCUGCAGCCGGCCCACGUGUGAUCUCUCAGGUUUAUUCAUUUGUUCAGGGGAUGUUCACAACAUGAGGCAACAGCUGGAUGUAUGAGGACCGCGGUGUGCUGUAAAUACGACAGAACAGAUGACAAGAAGAGCGCUUAUUUUCUUAUUAACACAUGUGCAGGUUCAUCGUCGUCCCAGGCCCAAACUUCCAAUCAAAGCUAGAAAAAGAGCUUCAAAGAUAUACUUAUUGCACUUUCAUACGGUUUGGGAAUAUUUUAACACUGCACUAAUCAUUAUUUUUAUAUAAAACAACAGAUUAAGUAACUAUAUGUGAUGUGAGAGGGAUUAUUUAACUCUGCAGCUCCCCUCAGCUCUAUGCAGCAUUUCUCUGUUUUAGCUCAUUGUGUGACCUUUACUUUCACCACCAGGGAACGUUUUCAGCCCAAGAAAAAAGAAAAAAGAUAAACUGAUUGUUCUCUACCUUCUCAGCACCAAAAGGGGGGCAGACAAAGUUAUCAGCUAGCUGGUGAACAGAGUGGGAUCAUUUAUCAGCUAAAGAGCCAGGCACUCCCCUCGGGAGCUGGAGAAAGAACAAAACAGAAAGCGAGAUAGAAGAAAAAGUAAAUAUUGGCCCGUACACAGCUGUGUGCGAACACAACAGUGGAAGGUGUUUACAGCUUGUUCCAAAAGCCCCUGAAACAUUAAUUGGUGCAGUUUUUCAUUCAACAUUCAGACUCAAAGCAGCAGAAACUCGACUUCCUAAAACAGCAGAUCCUCCAUUUCCCAUAAUGCAACCAACAGACCCGACGUGCCUCAUAACUGUCCACAUCUUUCACAUCCCACAAGCCCAGUUUGUAACACAGAUUAUCUGAUAUACAUCUGUAGUUGAGAUAUCUAGAAUUAUUAUGUAAACACUCAGUAGAGCGCAUACCUCCGCCAAGACCCAACAGUCCCCUUUAAUGCAGUCAAGUCUAAAUAAAUAUAGAACUAUAGAUGUUUUUAGUGCGAGAACCAAUUAGCCCAAAAAAACCCCCAAAAACUUCCAGACCACUAGGGGGCUCUUGCAGACUGCACCUUGAGAAAGGUUGCUCUAAAUUUUAAAACAUCCCAUAACUUCAUCAUAAACUCACCAGAUCUCACUCAGAGAUACAAGCCAACUAAUUAUUCAUAAAUGAUUCCCUGAGAAAUUUAUGAAAAUGUCAAAAAUCUUGCAAUGUAAAAGAAAGUGAGAUAAAAGUCCAGGAUCCGCCCCUUUAUCUCGAUCCACAACAAAAGUUAAAUGGCUCUAUUCUGGGCCGAGACCCAUCAUCCCUCUGAGUUUCAUGAAAAUCUGGUCAGUAGUUUUUGUGUAAUCCUGCCGACAAACCAACAAACAGACACAGGACUUAACAAAGCUCCUCAAGAGAAACUUACAACAUUUAAAAUAAGUGGUGAGAAGUCCGACCACGACAAGUAAACUGACUCUCAGCGUAAUUCCCCUUUAUAGUUUGACCCUGUUUGUCCCUGAAAGUAAUGACGCAUAUCGUCACAGUAAAGUUUCACAUAUCACACCGAAGCAAAACAGAAACAAAUGCAUCCCUGCACCGAGUGAAUGUAUAGAAACCAGCACUUUCUCAGUCGGACCUGUGUGAGGCCUUCGUGUUCGUCCCCGACACCUGAAUAAACCUGUGGGUGACUGAAGAUGGUCUUACUGUUUGUCCAGGUGGUAUCGUUCUUUUUCCACAGCUCACGUUAUAUUUGAUAUUCAAGACAUUUAUCGAAACAUCGUCUCCAUGAUGUCAAUCAUCUUCCUAGUUGACCAAAUUUUUCUAAAUGUUUACAUCAGCUUGAGAUGGAGGAAGAUCCACGUUAGACUGCUCAUCAACUCUCCGAGUCAGUGAACCCAGCUUAUCAAUAACCUGUUGAAUUUUCCUGUCAUUAAGAAGCAUGUUGGUGUACAGAUGAAUCCACUGAACAUCCACUGCAGUGGUCAACAUCUAAGCUGCUUUGGAUCAACACUAAUAGAUAAAAAAAAAAGGUCUACCUCCAUUUUCAUUGCUUCAAUACUUCAUGGGCACUUUGAGUUCUUAGCUGCCGGGCUUCCGUUUAAAGGCGACACAUCUGUGACUCCAUUUUGUAACCACAGCAUGUGUUGACCUGAAACCUGCGAGCGUGAAUGACUACCAGUGUGGCACGGUGAUGUCUCAUGUCCGUCUGUGUUUGUACUCGCGUCUAAUUCAGCUGUGUAAACCUAUGCAGGUGUCUUCUUGUCGUCUCAGCUGGUUUGUUGGGCAAGGAUCAACCCAAAGAAUGAUUUUUUUAUAAUAAUAAUAAUAAAAAAAAGUCGAAUAGGUUUGGACGAAAUCGAUAUAUUUCUAAGAAAAAAUAAUGCAUACCUUUUUUGGAUGAAAAUCUUUUUUUUAGAGAGAAAUAUACCUGUAUGUUGUUAUUUCUAGGCUGUUUUUUUUUUCUUUCUCAUGUGUCCUGAGAGUGAGCAGGAAAUGUCACUGGUGAGUUGGAUUUUUUCACUCAUUGUUGUGUUUAUGUGACUGUUCGGGUGUGGCUUGUGGUCCAGCUGGCUGGUCCAGAGAUUCAUGAGCGCUUCACCAGAACCAUCCUCCAAUACGAUGAGAGGAAGCCUCACGAGUCUCUGUUGUUUAUCCAAGAGUGGCACGACACAAAUUCAGUCGACCGUUUCUCAUCAGCACCUUCGUGUAUUCUAAUUAAAUCGUUUCUUCUUGUUAAUUCACCCUUUAUACACGUUUAAAGGCUUUGUUUGGGUUGCCAGGUUGUGAAAAAUCUCAAGUCAUCAACAGGGUCAAGUUGUUAAAGGACGACUGAGACAUUUUGGGGAAUUUUUUUUAGCUUUCUAACAGGGAGUUGGAUGAGAACAUCAAUAUCCAGCAGCUGGUUAGCUUAGCUUAGCAUUUGUAAAUACAUUGUUAAUAAAUAGAUUUAGGUCCAAAUGUUCUGCAGCCCUUUUAGGUUGAGCGAUUUUUUUGGAUCGAGUCUUUUUGACAAGUUUAAGAGCUAAAAAAGAGCUGAGAGCAAAAUAACUUGUCUGUAGAGAUGAUCACAACUUGGAAACCCAAAAUGUGCUUUGUUUUAAAUCAAGUAAAGCCUCAUAUAAUUAGAUAACAAAUGUAUUUUUGUGAGGAUCCUCGCCAAGAUAGGAACACUGACGAUAAGUAUAACUGAGUAGAGAUAAGAUGAGAUCAAAAUACAAUGCGACUUCUGUUUAAGAUUGAAAAAAAGUCUUUGAAACAAGCCAAAAUGUAUCUGAGGACAUUGAAAAUAACUAAGGCCAUGUCCACAGCCGUAACAUAAUCAGACCAACACAAUCAUUUAUCGUUCAUCUGAACAUCAGCAUCCAGAGGAGAGAGCGUCUCACCAAACUUCUCAACUUUAGAUCUGACAGCAGGAGGUUCCAGACAUUAGUAAAUGAUACGGAUGUAACGAUAUCAUGUCCAAAAAGUUUUACAAUGCCGUCGUGUAGUAACGAUAUCUACCAACAUAUCUGGUGGUUAUACUUCCGUAAGGCUCAUGGGUCUAACAAGGGAGGUCGGUAUAACUGAACCGCCACCCGGCCUGUCUGCUUCACCGAACGCUGGCUGUUUUUACAAACCAUCUGUUAGAAAACGUCUAACCAUUAACACCAGAUGACCACUGAACAUACAGUCAGUUAAUAUAAUAUGCUGGACAUCCAGAGCGAGCGAGCGAGCGACUGGCUGCUGUCUUGUUUUAGCGAUUGCACAGUUCAAUCAUUCAUUACCAAAGACAAUUCAUGGCUACUGUUUGCACAUUCAUAGUUCAUAAUCAGCCAUUUUUAUUUUACUAAAGAAGGAAAGAAAGCAGAAGGACUUCAACUAAAAAGUUAAAAAACUAAUUGUGUAUAAAUAAUAAAUGCCAUCAGAUUUAUAAUUAAAAGACAUUGUUCAAACCAUUUUUUAAAUACUGUAUCAUCAUCAUUGUUGUGCCAGUUUGUGGUAUCGUUACAUCCCCAGUCGAUGAUGCAUUAACCAUUAAUCUGGCCUUCUAAAUCUCGACUUGUUAGGAUGUUCACUGCUCCUGUCUGAAGGGACGUGAUGCAGAACACGUUCCUCCCUCAGGCAGACAGAAAUGCAAAGUGUGAAAGUUAGAUUGGAAAACUGAACUUCACGCUCGCGUGUUGAUAGUUUUGGACUCCCACCAGCUGCCUGCAGCAGGCUUGGAUCGAACACCGGUCGCUGCUGCCACACUCGGACUGUCAUUCGUCUCACUUCAUGUCACUUUUUCGUCGGACGCAAUCAGUGUAACUUAUUCGGUUCUGUCCACAUUGUUUCAUAACGGCUGUUUCCGUUUCCUGUUUUUCUGUACUUUUCGUUCACGACUGUUCUGAUUCGUUGUCUGAUUGAAAGCAUUUCCAAAACACC